UUUAAAAUUUUUGAUUAUUGGGGUAAAUACUGUGGAGUGUAGGCUGCAGAGAAGGAAAACAUAAAAUAAAACAUUCAUAUUUAGAUCACGUUAAUUUUUUUUUUUAUAAUUUUCUGAUUUGUGUUUUCUUGUUUUUAAACUAUCAAGAACAAUAAUUAAUGGCUGAACCUAUUCGUAUUGUUGUCACCGGCGCAGCUGGUCAAAUUGCAUAUUCCCUUUUAUAUAUGAUUGCUCGAGGGGAAGUUUUCGGUAAAGAUCAACCAUUAAUUUUGCAUUUACUUGACAUUCCACAAGCGGUAGGUGUUUUAGAAGGCGUUGUUAUGGAAUUGGCAGAUUGCGCUUUACCUUUACUACGUGAAGUUAUUCCUACUACGGACCCAGUUGUUGCAUUUAAAGAUGUUUCUGCAGCAUUUUUGGUUGGUGCUAUGCCACGACGUGAUGGUAUGGAACGUAAAGAUCUUCUAUCAGCUAAUGUUAAAAUUUUCAAAGCUCAAGGUCAAGCUCUAGAUAAAUACGCUAAGAAGGAUGUUAAAGUUUUGGUAGUGGGAAAUCCCGCAAACACUAACGCUUUAAUUUGUUCUCACUACGCCCCAUCAAUUCCAAAAGAAAAUUUUACGGCAAUGACAAGAUUAGAUCAAAAUCGUGCAACGGCUCAAAUUGCUGCAAAAUUAUCUGUACCAAUAGAUGCAGUCAAAAAUGUAAUUAUUUGGGGUAAUCACUCUUCUACGCAGUUCCCCGACCCGAAACAUGCUACAGUUGUUGUAAACGGUCAAAGUAAAUCUGUUUGGGAUGCAAUUAAUGAUAAAGAUUUUCUCCAAGGAAAAUUCGUUGAAAUUGUUCAAAAGCGCGGAGCUGCAGUAAUAGCUGCGAGAAAAUUAUCUUCUGCUAUGUCAGCAGCUAAAGCAGCUUGUGAUCAUAUGCAUGAUUGGUAUAAUGGAACAAAGCCUGGAGAAUAUGUAUCAAUGGGUGUCGUUUCCGACGGUAGCUAUGGUGCUCCAAAAGAUGUGAUAUUUUCAUUUCCAGUUGAAAUCGUUAACAAGCAAUGGAAAAUUGUUCAGGGUUUAACAGUUGAUGAAUUCGGUAAAUCAAAAUUGGAUAUUACUGGAAAAGAAUUAUUAGAAGAGAAAAGUGAAGCUAUGGCUGUAUGCUCUGCUGAGUGACUAUCUAACACCAAAACGAGCAUUUAUGAUUCAAAAUUAUAAUUGAAUUAUUACAAUAUUUUGAAAAUGUACGAAUAAUGAGAAAUGUUAAACGAACACUUUCAUACCUUUUUGUUUGCCCCUCUUUUUUGUUUCUAGUUUUGUUUAUUUUCGGUAGAUGUAUUUAGUUAUUUGAAAUUUAUACACAUGAUAUUCAGCUAUUAUUAGUAGCAAAAUAAAUAGGAAAUAUAAAAUGUUUAUUAAUACUUUAAAUAA